GUGGUUGAAUUUCCUACCCAUUGUUUUCUUCUGCUGCGACCGCGAUUUUAGCCCCAAGAGCCCCGAGCCAACCCCCUCUACACCGCAGCAGGAAUCAGGAUAGGUAGAUAUCACCAGGGCGUAGACGAAUAUGUGGAAGCCCACAUCGACUACCGGCGAGGGAAGCCAGCCUGUUCGCCGGUUUGCGCAGAUUGUCAAGCUCAAGUCAGAGCAUUUGAAGGAAUACAAGGAGGUUCAUGCGCGGGUUUGGCCCGAGGUGCUGAAGCAGAUCAAGGACUGCCACAUCGAGGAUUACAGCAUCUACUAUGACGACAACACACACAUCCUCUUUGCGACGUUCAAAUACACUGGCUCGGACUAUGAGGGUGACAUGAAGCGCAUGGCCGAGAACGCUAAGGUCAGGGAGUGGUGGAAGAUGACCGACAAGUGGCAGGAGAGCAUGGUUCCCGGUGCGUUGAGCUCUGAGGCCGGCGAGCCGAGCUGGUGGAAGCCCAUCGAGGAGGUGUUUUACUUGCCGUAAGGCGCAGGUGGACGAAGAUGUGAAGAUGGUGAGCUCAAGGGGUUACUGGAACUUAAAGUCAGUGUAGCCCGAUC